CCAUUUGAGCUUUUUAUGGUUCCCACUCCUCUUUCCCUUUUCCAAAGAAAACCAAACGACAGGAAAUCUUAACGAUCCACAAACCCACCUGAGAGAAAUUCAUCUACAAACACUCCUUCCUACAUGGAUCAAUUUAAUCUCAACAACUUCUAGGGUUUCUUUCAAUGAUUGAGGUCCACCCAAUUUAGCCUUUCACCGAUCUCCUUCUACAGUCAAUGCGUCAGAAGAAAACCGGCCUUCAGAUCGGAGAAGAACCGGUUUCAAGAUUCCCAAAUCUCCAAAUCGAAUUACCCACAAGAAAUCACGAUGAACAAACACCCAAUUUCAAGAAACUCACAUCAACAACAACAACGACAACAACGACCCAGAAACCCCUUUAUUCAAAUCCUCAAAAAAGACCGGUUGUUAUGAGUCCUCAGUUGAAAACAUCACCAACCCAUCUUCACCAUAACCAUAACCAUAACCAUCAGUAUCAUCCGUACAAUCACUCUAGAAGAAAUUCGCAACAAAAAUCGUUAAUUUGUUGUUCAUCUUCCGAAGCCCUUUUAGCUACCAAGACAAUAGCUCUUAAAGUUUUGAACUUUACUUACUUCAAACUCAUAUGGAUUAAAGUCCCUUUCAGGGUCUUGAUUCUGCUCUUUUUGCCUUCAGUUUAUUACUUUUCUUUGAGUUAUAGAUCUUUUUAUCUUUAUAUACUCUUUGUUGUUGCUUUCUUUGGUGUUGUGUUGUCUUCUUUUAAUAUUAAUAGCUUUCAUGCUGCUAAUAUCCCUUCAAUAAGGCUGUUUGUCGCCCGGAAUUUCCCGAAUCUGAAGCUUUAUAAGUCGGGUCAUGAUGGGUCAAACUCAAACUCAAGUUCAAAAUCACACCCACCAGUUGUUUGGUCAAUUGGGUCAAAGACCAGAUUAGAGGAGAAGUCGAAUUCGGAUUACUUGGUGAAGGUAUACAGUAAUGGGGAUGUGUAUGAGGGUGAGUUUUACAAAGGGAAGUGUUCUGGAAGUGGGGUUUAUUAUUACAACUUGAACGGGCGAUACGAGGGUGAUUGGGUUGACCAGAAGUAUGAUGGGUAUGGGGUUGAAACUUGGGCGAAAGGUAGUCGGUAUCGAGGGCAGUAUAGGCAGGGGUUGAGGCAUGGUUAUGGUGUUUAUCGGUUUUACACCGGGGAUACGUAUGCUGGUGAAUGGUUUAAGGGGCAGUGUCAUGGAUGUGGGGUUCAUACGUGCGAAGACGGUAGCAAGUAUUCUGGUGAGUUUAAAGGCGGUAUCAAACACGGGCUUGGUCACUAUCGUUUCAGAAACGGGGACACAUAUGCUGGAGAAUAUUUUGCCGACAAAAUGCAUGGUUUUGGCGUUUACCGUUUUGCAAACGGGCAUAGGUACGAGGGUGGUUGGCAUGAAGGAAGAAGACAAGGGUUUGGUAUGUAUACUUUCAGAAACGGCGACACUCAAUCGGGUCACUGGGAUAACGGGGUUCUCACCGUUUCAACCUCCAAAGAUUCGUUUAUUUCCGGUUCAUCUUCUUCUGUUUCGCAUGUCAAAGUCCUUAAAGCAGUCCAGGAAGCAAGACGUAUAGCCGAGAAAGCAGUUGCUGCAGCAGACGUGGAUGAGAGGGUGAACAGAGCCGUGACUGCGGCUAACCGAGCUGCGAACGCAGCAAGAGUGGCGGCAGUUAAGGCGGUCCAGAACCAAAUGCAUCAACACGGUGACAUUGACGAUCAGCAACUAGACAUAGUCUGAUUCACUUCUCUUUAUUCGACCUCCUGUCGGAAUAUUAAUAUUUUGAAACGUAAUAGUUUUCCAGUAGUAAACGGUAAACGAUGGCUGGUGGUGCGAGGAGGUGGUGCCGCCUGGAACCGCAAUCGGUGUUGAAUACUGAAGGUACUGAUUGAGGAGCAAAUGGUAUCCCUCUUUCGUCUGGCUACGAAAUAAGUAUAUGUUUAUAUAUGUUGUUGGUACCACUAAAUCACUAAUAGGGUUUAUGCAUUCGAAGGGCACUAAAGUGCCGGUUUCGUUUUGUCGGUGUAACAUGAAAUCGAAAGGAUAUUUGAAGAAGGGGCUUGUUACAGCGUAAUAAUAACGCUGCGUAGCCACCGAGAUUCAUGAGAGUUAGGAGGCCUUUUUCAUGUCCUUUGCCUCUUUUGUUUGUUCAAAUGUAAAAUGUACAUGUUUGUCUUCACUUAAGAAAAAAAAAAGUCAACAUAGUUAGUGUUGUAUUGGCUUUGGUUUUUAUGAAUCUAAUGUUUGUAUUUA